UUAAUUUUAGGAUGGAUGAUAUAUAUGUGUUAAAGAUGAAAAGCCUCUGUAUUAACGCGGUUAUGUAAUUUCAUAUGCGGCAGUACUGGAGUGAUUACGCGUCGGCUCGGCUGCUGCUGGGUUGUUUUGUGUCAUGGUGAGCUGGAUCGUGUCCGCCGGGUUCUGCCGGGUCUCUUCUGUGCUCCGCCGGUUCUCCUCGGUGCUCGGACCUCGCAGGGUUGUCUCCGCCGGUGCGGCUCGGUUCUGCUCCGGCUGUCAGGAGCGGCUCUGCGGGCCUCCGCUGGCCGGAGAUGUGGAUCGGUUCGGAGGCGUGACGGUGCGAGACUUUCCGCCGGACAUCAGCGAGGACGAGUUCACCGAGCUGCUGCGGGUGUCUCUCCGUCGCUGGCGGUCAGAUGGACGGGUCGCUGUAUGGCUGUGUGUUCCCAUCGCUCUCAGCAGACUCUCUGCGGCGGCGGCGCGUCUCGGCUUCGGCUUCCAUCACGCCCGGAGAGACGAGGCUGUUCUCAGUCUGUGGCUCGGGCCGGGAGAGGACAGACUGCCUGCCUUCGCCACACAUCAGAUAGGAGUCGCUGGUGCUGUUGUGGACGAAUCCAACGGCAAAGUCCUUGUUGUUCAGGAUAGAAACAAGACGAAGAAUGCUUGGAAGUUUCCCGGUGGUCUGUCAGAUCUGGGAGAAAACAUUGGCGAGACGGCCGUCCGGGAGGUUUUUGAAGAAACCGGCGUCCGAUCUCAGUUCUGCUCGCUCCUCAGUAUCCGCCAGCAGCACAAUCAUCCGGGAGCGUUUGGGAUGUCCGAUAUGUACCUGAUCUGCAGACUCAGCCCGCUCUCCUUCCACAUCGACUUCUGCACUCAAGAGUGUCUGCGCUGCGAAUGGCUGGAUCUGACUGAACUCGCCAGGACCGGCGAGACCACGCCGAUCACCAGUCGCGUCGCCAAACUCCUGCUGUACGGACUGGAACACGGUUUCCAGAGCAUCGACCUGACGAUGGAGCAGAUGCCGGCCGUAUAUUCUGGCCUUUUCUAUCAGCUCUACCACAGACGACUGCCAGAGACGCCAUAGAGCAACU